GGCAUUCUUGUAGAUGUUGCACAAGCAAAAUGAAUUCACGCUUGAGAUGCAUACGGAAGCACCGGCUGGCCCACUAGGGCCUGGUUUCUUCAGACGACGAAGAAAGUGACACGCCCUUGUUCGCGUAACCACGCAGUCUAAGCGAGCCUAGAUAAAGCUGAUGUGAAAAUCAGAUAGCAAUAUCGCAAGCAAUCAGAUGGAGACCGGCACGAGGAACCCGCGAAUUGCGGUGUCAAUUGGCGCGUAUUUCGGCACCUCUGUGGCGUCAUUUGCAUGGCUUGUGCAAAGGUCACUCCCUGCACGGGAGAAUCGCGGCUGGUGGCAGCUUCUCCGCGACAUGGACACGUUCUGGGAGCGCACGCUGACGUCAGCGCUUCCCCACCACCACCACCACCACCGCGACGCCUCCGCCUCCCUCCCCUCCCCCUCCUCCGCGGCCGCCGGGCCCACCACCACCACGGCCGCGGCUGCCGCCCUGCUGUUCGGCUCGGGCGGCUCCGCCGCUUCCGGCGGCGAGCUGGUGUCUCCGUCGGAGUUGGCGCUGUUUGUGGGCGUCAACGUCUGGUUGUCCAGUUUGGCAUUGGGCGCACUCCUCACCGUGUCGGUGUUUCUGGGCCGGCUGACCGCCGCCGAGUCCGCCCGCCUGAGUCACCGGCUGUUGCGGGUCGCCGUGUUCAAGAUGGUGUUUCUGGGGCACGUGCUCAAGGGCGACCCGCGGGACGUGGCGCUGUGGCUGGGCUGGUUCGCGGUGGUUGCCUACCUGCGCGCGUUCGGCGGCGCCGCCAAGGACCGACUGGAGUCCCUGCUCACGGCGCCGGGGGGGGAAGGUGGAGGGGGGGAAGGUGUGGUGCUGCCGCACAGCCUGGACUGCACCAUCUGCCUGGACGAGAUCUGCCACGUGGGCAAGCAGCUGCCAUGCGGCCACGUGUUCCACCUGGCCUGCCUGAGGGCCUGGCUGCAGCAGAGCGGCAGCGAGUCCUUCACAUGCCCCAACUGCCGCAAGCCCAUUCUGGUGGGCGGCGGCGGCGCGGGCGAGGGCGGCGGCGGCGGCGCCCGGGGUCGCAGCUGGUGGCUGGUGCGGCUGUUGGACGCUGCCUACGUGCGCCUGGUGGUGGCGCUGGAGCCGCUGCUGCUGUCGCUACUCAUCAGGCUGGCGCUGUGGCUGGGCACGCGCACACACACGCGCCGCCGCAUGCGGGCGCCAGGCGGCGGCGGCGGCGGCGGCGGCGGCGCGGCGCAUCAGCCGCGGGAGGGGUACGGCGAGUCGCCGGGGCCCGACUCCUUCCUUGGGAGGUACCGGCAGCAGGGCCGCGGCGGCCGCGGCGGCGGCGGCCGCCGGCGCCGCGGCGGCGCCGCCACCAGCAGCGACGUCGACGCCCUGAAUCUGGACUCGGGCGAUGGGGAUCUGGGUCAAACGACGUCAGAUGAUCACGGUUACGAUGAUCGCCGGGGUCCGCCGGAUCGCGAGUUCACAGUCUACCGCACGGACUCCGAUGAUGAUGAUGAUGACGAGGAUAGCGAUGGCGAUGGGGAUUGGGAUGGGGAUGGAGAUGGGGAGGAGCGUGCGCGCGACCGGACUGGAACCGGGGAGGAGGAAGAGGAGGAGGAGGGGGAGGGGCAGGAGGAGGGCGAGGCGGAGCAGGAGGUGAGUGAGGAGGUGUUCCGCACGCAGGGCUGGUACGGCGAGAUAGAGGUGCGGCGCAGCCGCCGCUACCUCACCCGCCGCCCGAGGCAGCAAGAUCAGCUGCGUGAGGCCUCGGAUGCGGAGGAGCGAGCGGCCGUGCCAGGGUCGGGGUCGGGGCUGGGAUCAGCGGCGGCGGCGGCGGCGGCGGCGGCGCGAGGCGGCGCGGGCGGCUUGGCGGGUUUGUUUGCGGGCCUGCGGCGGCGCACGCGCGCCAGUGCCGCACGCGAGACAGCUGCCGCCGCCGUUGCCGCCGCCGCAGGCGGCGGCGGCGGCGGCGCGGGACCGGGCCCGUCGUCAUUGGCAGCAGCGGCGGCGGGUGCACGUGGCUAUUUCUCCGAUGGCGAUGACGGCGGGAAUGACCAUCACGCCUAUGGCUAUGGCUUUGAGGAGGAGGAGGAGGAAGAGGAGGAGGCUGCGCUGUUGGCGGCGGAGGCGGGAGACCUGGUGCCGCCGCUGCGUGGCGGCGGCGGCGGCGGCGGAGCGGCCGCCGCCGGGCAACUGCCGCGAGGCCGGGGGCGAGGCCGGGGGCGGCAGCAGCAGUGGGCAGCAGGCGGAGCAGGGGGAGGAGGGGCAGGGGGAGGAGGGCUGAUGCCGCUGCUGCCGCCUGCGGCGGCGGAGGUGCCCACCUUCAGUGGGGACGUGUUGCCGGCUCAGGCGGCGGCGGUGGCGCGGCGGCUGGGCGCCACACUGUCCGGCUCCCUGAGGUCGUCGUGGGGCGUGGGGGGCGUGUGUGCGGGCGCUGUGGCGGGCGGCGGCCGUGACCCCUGGGACGACGACGUCGACGGCGCGGACGGAGGCCGGCGCGAGCUGGGGCUGGGGCUGCGGCUGGGGCUGGGGCUGGGGCUGGAGCUGGGGCUGGAGCUGGGGCUGGAGCUGGGGCUGGGGCUGGAGCUGGGGCUGGGGCUGGGGCUGGGGCAGGAGCGGGCGGCGGGGGUGCGGGCGGUCGCAGGACACGGAGGGCGGCGCGGUGAGGUGCAGCGGUAGAGUGGGGUGCCAAGCGUGGUGGUAAUGCAUGUGUGUGAGGGGAAGAGGCGGUGGGAAGUAGCGGGGAAAGGGAUGGGGCGGUGUGUUUUUGGAGAUGUGUGUGAUUCGGUUUUGGGUCGUGCGCCAGCUGCGAUGGCACGUGGUGGUCCAGGGUUUGAGUUGCAAACACUCAUCAGGUCCUAUCAGGUUGAUUGUGUGCCGCGUUGAUUGCACGGAGUGGUCGUGAAGUUUGCCAGCUAGGUUGAAUGAUUGAAGGUGAACGCCUGGGCUGGGCUGUCUGUGCAGCCGUCUGCCUGCACGAGCCAGAAGGAACCCUAUAGCGUGCUCCUAGCAAUUGUUCAUUCAGUGCCGCGCAGGACGAGACGCAGAGAUCAGGAUGGAUUCAAGCCGGCCGUGAAAUCCACGGCCUUUUGCCUCUUCUACGCAUGUUGUCGACGACGAGGCAAGCGCAGACUAGUACAAGUAAUAUAAC